CUUGUCUCUUUUACUUGUAGGCACUUUUUGCCAUUCGUGGAAACUUGCCUGUAGUUCAUUUUUCUCACAGCAGUAUUGAGAGUUAUACCAAAUUGAAAAGAUAUGAAUGAAUAUCCUAAAAAGAGAAAAAGGAAGACUUUACACCCUUCUCGAUAUUCAGAUUCUUCUGGAAUAAGCAGAAUUGCAGAUGGAGUCAGUGGAAUUUUUUCUGAUCAUUGUUACAGUGUCUGCUCUAUGAGACAGCCAGACUUAAAAUAUUUUGACAACAAAGAUGAUGAUUCUGAUCCUGAGACAGCAAAUGACUUGCCCAAAUUUACAGAUGGAACCAAGGCCAGAAGCAGGAAUCAGAGCUACCUGGUUCCCAGCCCUGUGCUUAGGAUUCUAGACCACACUGUCUUUUCCACAGAAAAGUCUGCUGAUGUUGAAAUCUGUGAUGAAGAGUGUGGCUCCCCUGAGUCAGUGCAUCAGCAUACCCAAGAGGAGAGCCCUAUAGAGGUUCAUACCUCGGAAGACGUCCCGAUUGCUGUAGAAGUUCAUGCGAUUUCUGAAGAUUAUGAUAUAGAGGCAGAGAACAAUUCCUCUGAGAGCCUCCAGGACCAGACUGAUGAAGAACCACCAGCUAAACUCUGUAAAAUACUUGACAAGAGCCAAGCUUCAAAUGUGACCGCCCAACAGAAGUGGCCAUUACUGAGAGCCAACAGCAGUGGCCUCUACAAAUGUGAACUUUGUGAAUUCAACAGUAAGUAUUUUUCCGACCUAAAACAGCAUGUCAUCCUGAAGCACAAGCGCACUGACUCGAAUGUGUGUCGGGUGUGUAAGGAGAGCUUCUCCACCAAUAUGCUUCUUAUUGAGCACGCCAAACUUCAUGAAGAAGAUCCCUACAUCUGUAAGUACUGUGACUAUAAGACAGUGAUCUUUGAGAACCUCAGCCAGCACAUUGCAGACACCCACUUCAGUGACCACCUCUACUGGUGUGAGCAGUGUGAUGUGCAGUUCUCCUCAAGCAGUGAGCUCUACCUGCACUUCCAGGAGCACAGCCGCGAUGAGCAAUACCUGUGCCAGUUCUGUGAGCAUGAGACAGGUGACCCUGAGGACUUGCACAGCCAUGUCGUCAAUGAGCACGCUCGCAGACUGAUCGAGCUGAGUGACAAGUGCGGCAGUGGUGGCCAUGGGCAGUGCAGCCUUUUAAGCAAGAUCACCUUUGACAAAUGCAAAAAUUUCUUCGUGUGUCAAGUAUGUGGCUUUCGGAGCAGACUUCACACAAAUGUCAACAGACACGUGGCUAUCGAGCAUACUAAAAUAUUCCCUCAUGUUUGUGAUGACUGUGGGAAGGGCUUUUCCAGCAUGUUGGAAUAUUGCAAGCAUCUAAAUUCACAUCUGUCUGAAGGGAUUUAUUUAUGCCAGUAUUGUGAAUAUUCAACAGGACAAAUUGAAGAUCUUAAAAUUCAUCUAGAUUUCAAGCAUUCAGCUGACUUGCCUCAUAAAUGUAGUGACUGCUUGAUGAGGUUUGGGAAUGAGAGGGAAUUAAUCAGUCACCUUCCAGUCCACGAGACUACCUGACUGUUAUCUUUACAUAAUGUUUAUGUAAAAUAAAUUCUUUUUUAAUGUUAAAAACGGCCGGGCUGAACUACUUUUGACAAGUUUUCUGGCGGCACUGCACUCUCUUUCCAGUAUGUAACACUUGGUGCUGGUGCUUUCAGUCGCAUGCCAGCCACAGUUACCACUUCAGUGACUGCUACUCAGUUUCCUGCCUGUGCUCCAAGUUCAUGACUGGAAGGAAACAAGGUACUGAAGAAACCCACUACGAGAGCUCACUGUCUUGCCUUCUUUAAACCCAAGACAACCUUGUAUGAAGUAGGCUUAUAGGUAUUGACUACAGAAGUAGGACACAGGGUAUGGAUGUGUGGUGGUGGAGGUGGAGGUGUUUUUCAUAAUUUAUGUUUGUAAGCACACCAGGCGUGUGAGUGCAUGGAGGCCUGAGGAGAGGGCAUCAGAUCCCCUGGGACUGGAGUUACUAACAGCUAUAACUGCACUGAGACCUGCUUUCAUCCUAUAGCUCAAGCUGGUUUCAAACUGUCCUGCCUCAGCGCCUCAGCUGCUGGGAUGGCAGGCACAAAACACCACACCCAGUGAAUUCUUUUUUAAAGGCUCUACUUGAGUUGAAGGAUGUGAUGUAAUGGGGGAGGCCAGGAGGUGUGAGACAGUAAGAUGCAGGCACCUCGUACUCUUUAUAUCCAGUUGGCGUUCUGUCUUCAUCUAUGCACCUGUUACCAGAGCCCUUGGUAUUUCCUCCUCAGUUAGAGAACUACAAAGUCAUGCCCCAACUUCUGACAACAGUCUACCUACGAACUGAGAACCACUAAAGUAUUACCAUACAGUUGGGAAUGGGCAUGAAGGCUUUGUGGUAUGGUACUUUGUCUACAUUUCAGUGGCUGCUGCAACAGCUACACAACAGGUCUCUUUUUAAAAAUGUCA